AGUGGUUCCUCUGUGGCAAAGCUUGCCGUAAGAAGGGCUCUGUCUCAUUCUCAGUGUGGCUCAUAUGCCGCAAGAACAAGGGUUUUGCCUUCUCAAAGCAGAUGUUUCCACUCUACAAUACUCAAAUCAAAGGCAGAGUCUUCUGCACCCGUUCCACGUCCCGUGCCACUCUCUAAGCUAACCGACAGCUUCUUAGAUGGAACAAGCAGUGUGUAUCUUGAGGAGCUACAAAGAGCUUGGGAAGCUGAUCCCAACAGUGUUGAUGAGUCGUGGGACAACUUCUUCCGGAACUUCGUGGGUCAAGCCGCUACAUCGCCUGGAAUCUCGGGGCAGACCAUUCAAGAAAGCAUGCGUUUGCUGUUGCUCGUCAGAGCUUACCAGGUGAAUGGCCACAUGAAGGCCAAGCUUGACCCUUUGGGUCUAGAGGAGAGAGAGAUCCCAGAGGACCUGACUCCAGAUCUUUAUGGAUUCACAGAGGCUGAUCUUGACCGAGAAUUCUUUCUUGGUGUGUGGAAGAUGUCCGGGUUUCUGUCUGAGAACCGCCCUGUUCAAACGCUAAGGGCUAUACUGUCGAGGCUUGAGCAGGCUUACUGUGGGACUAUAGGGUAUGAGUACAUGCACAUCGCUGAUAGGGAUAAAUGUAACUGGUUGAGAGACAAGAUCGAGACUCCUACACCUCGUCAGUACAAUACCGAGCGUCGUGUGGUUAUUUACGAUAGGCUUACAUGGAGCACACAGUUUGAGAAUUUCUUGGCUUCUAAGUGGACCACAGCCAAAAGAUUUGGGCUCGAAGGUGCUGAGUCUUUGAUCCCUGGGAUGAAGGAGAUGUUCGAUAGGGCUGCAGAUCUUGGAGUAGAGAACAUAGUUAUCGGAAUGCCCCAUAGAGGUCGGCUUAAUGUUUUGGGUAACGUUGUUAGAAAACCUCUGCGUCAAAUCUUCAGCGAGUUCAGCGGUGGGACUAAGCCAGUGGAUGAAGUUGGACUUUACACUGGAACAGGCGAUGUGAAAUACCACUUGGGUACAUCUUAUGAUCGUCCGACAAGAGGAGGCAAACAUCUUCACUUGUCUUUGUUGGCAAACCCCAGUCACUUGGAAGCAGUGGAUCCUGUCGUGAUGGGUAAAACCAGAGCGAAGCAGUACUACACGAAAGACGAGAACAGAACGAAGAACAUGGGUAUUCUGAUCCAUGGGGAUGGUAGCUUUGCGGGACAAGGCGUGGUGUACGAAACUCUGCAUCUUAGUGCACUUCCUAACUACUGUACCGGUGGAACAGUGCACAUCGUGGUGAAUAACCAAGUGGCUUUCACAACCGAUCCCAGGGCAGGAAGGUCUUCACAGUAUUGCACUGAUGUUGCAAAGGCUUUAGAUGCCCCGAUUUUCCAUGUGAAUGCGGAUGACAUUGAGGCGGUGGUGCAUGCAUGUGAGCUUGCUGCUGAGUGGCGCCAGACUUUCCAUUCUGAUGUUGUUGUUGAUUUAGUAUGCUACCGUCGCUUUGGGCAUAACGAGAUAGACGAACCUUCAUUCACACAACCGAAAAUGUACAAGGUGAUACGCAGUCAUCCCUCGUCGCUUCAGAUCUAUCAGGAGAAGCUUUUGGAAUCUGGACAGGUAACCAAAGAAGAUAUUGAUAAGAUUCAAAAGAAAGUAAACUCUAUCCUCAAUGAAGAAUUUGGGGCAAGUAAAGACUAUAUUCCACAAAAACGUGACUGGCUGGCGAGUCAUUGGACUGGAUUCAAGUCACCGGAGCAGAUUUCUAGGAUCCGAAACACUGGUGUGAAGCCAGAGAUUUUGAAGGAUGUGGGAAAGGCAAUCUCGACCUUCCCAGAGAACUUCAAGCCGCACAGAGGAGUGAAAAGAGUUUAUGAACAACGUGCUCAAAUGGUUGAGUCAGGAGAAGGCAUUGACUGGGGAUUUGGAGAAGCUCUUGCGUUUGCUACGCUGGUUGUGGAAGGCAACCAUGUUCGGCUAAGUGGUCAAGAUGUUGAAAGAGGGACUUUCAGUCACAGACACUCAGUGCUUCAUGAUCAAGAAACCGGCGAGGAGUACUGUCCCUUAGAUCACCUGACAAUGAACCAAGACCCUGAAAUGUUCACUGUCAGCAACAGCUCUCUUUCGGAAUUCGGUGUUCUCGGAUUCGAACUGGGUUACUCAAUGGAAAAUCCGAAUUCUUUGGUAAUAUGGGAAGCUCAGUUUGGAGACUUUGCUAAUGGAGCACAGGUGAUGUUUGACCAGUUCAUUAGCAGUGGGGAAGCCAAAUGGCUCCGUCAAACCGGACUAGUAGUUCUGCUUCCUCAUGGAUAUGAUGGUCAAGGUCCUGAACAUUCCAGCGGAAGAUUGGAACGUUUCCUUCAGAUGAGUGAUGACAAUCCUUAUGUUAUCCCUGAGAUGGAUCCAACUCUUCGAAAGCAGAUUCAAGAAUGUAAUUGGCAAGUUGUUAAUGUUACUACACCUGCCAAUUAUUUCCACGUUCUGCGACGACAGAUACACAGGGAUUUCCGCAAGCCGCUGAUAGUGAUGGCUCCCAAAAACUUGCUUCGUCACAAAAAAUGUGUAUCGAAUCUCUCGGAGUUCGAUGACGUUAAAGGACAUCCUGGUUUUGACAAGCAAGGAACCAGAUUCAAACGGCUGAUCAAAGAUCAAAGUGGUCACUCUGAUCUUGAAGAAGGUGUCAGACGUCUAGUCCUCUGCUCUGGGAAGGUCUACUAUGAGCUUGACGAAGAGCGUCAGAAGUCUGAAGAAGCAAAAGAUGUAGCCAUUUGCAGAGUAGAGCAGCUUUGUCCAUUCCCUUAUGAUCUCAUUCAAAGAGAACUAAAGCGAUAUCCAAAUGCAGAGAUCGUGUGGUGUCAGGAAGAGCCGAUGAACAUGGGAGGAUAUCAGUAUAUAGCACCGAGGCUUUGCACCGCCAUGAAAGCACUGCAGAGAGGAAACUUCAACGACAUCAAGUACGUUGGUCGUCUUCCUUCGGCUGCUACAGCCACUGGAUUCUACCAGCUCCAUGUCAAGGAGCAAACUGAUCUUGUUCACAAAGCUCUUCAACCUGAUCCCAUCACCCCUAUCCUGAAAAUGGCGAACCAUUUCCGAUUGCUUCUGCUGAUCAUCACUUUCGUUUCCGUCAUCGUUUUCUCCACUUCAUCGUCUCCGUCGAACGGGUCGCUACUGUCUUCUUCUUACUCAUUGUUUUCACAGCGACUGCCUCGUUUUCCUCGCCACACUUUCCAGAACCGAGCAAGAACCCAGCCGUUCCGGCGAGAUCGAAACGGGUACCAGUACGAGACUAAGUUUUUCUCCCAGCAGCUUGACCACUUCAGCUUCGCCGAUCUUCCGAGAUUCUCGCAGCGGUACUUGAUCAACUCCGAUCACUGGGUCGGUGCUUCUGCGCUCGGACCUAUCUUCCUCUACUGCGGCAACGAAGGCGAUAUCGAAUGGUUUGCUACAAACUCUGGAUUCAUCUGGGAGAUCGCUCCCAAGUUUGGUGCCUUGCUUGUUUUCCCUGAGCAUAGGUAUUAUGGAGAGUCGAUGCCUUAUGGAAGCAGGGAAGAAGCUUACAAGAACGCUACCACGUUAUCGUAUCUCACAACUGAGCAAGCUCUUGCGGAUUUUGCUGUUUUCGUGACGGAUUUGAAACGGAACUUGUCUGCGGAAGCAUGCCCCGUUGUGUUGUUUGGAGGAUCAUAUGGUGGAAUGUUAGCUGCAUGGAUGAGGCUCAAGUAUCCACACAUUGCAAUCGGAGCAUUAGCUUCCUCAGCUCCAAUUCUUGAGUUUGAAGAUAUUGUACCUCCUGAGACGUUUUAUGACAUUGUAUCUAAUGAUUUCAGGCGUGAGAGUGAUAGCUGCUUCAACACCAUAAAGAACUCGUGGGAUGCGAUAAUAGCAGAGGGUCAGAAGGAAAAUGGUCUUCAGAAGUUGACGAAAACUUUUCACUUUUGCCGGGCGUUGAAUAGUACUGAUGACCUAUCAGACUGGCUGGAGUCUGCUUAUAGUUAUUUGGCAAUGGUGGAUUAUCCGUAUCCCGCUGACUUUAUGAUGCCUUUGCCUGGACAUCCUAUUAAAGAGGUGUGCAGAAGAAUUGAUGGUGCUGGUAGUGAUGCUAGCAUUCUAGAACGCAUAUAUGCAGGAGCAAGUGUGUACUACAACUAUACUGGGAAUGUUGACUGCUUCAAGUUGGAUGAUGACCCUCAUGGUUUGGAUGGUUGGAACUGGCAGGCGUGCACGGAGAUGGUAAUGCCCAUGUCUAGCAGCCAAGAAAAGAGCAUGUUCCCAGCUUAUGAUUUCAAUUACACUUCAUACAAAGAGGAAUGCUGGAAUACAUUCCGAGUCAAUCCAAGGCCUAGAUGGGUCACAACAGAGCUUGGUGGACAUGACAUGGAGACCACCUUAAAGUCGUUUGGAAGCAACAUCAUUUUCUCCAAUGGUCUUUUAGAUCCUUGGAGUGGUGGCAGUGUUCUGAAGAACUUAUCGGAUACCAUUGUUGCUCUUGUCACUAAAGAAGGUGGACAUCAUUUGGAUCUACGACCUUCAACUCAAGAAGACCCAAAAUGGCUUGUGGAGCAGCGAGAAGCCGAGAUACGGUUGAUCCAAGGAUGGAUCAGAACUUAUCGACUGGAAAAAGAAGCUCAUUUUUCUCCGUUAAAACGUUCU